AUGCCUCAAUGGGGUCCAUAUCUCUCCGCGUGGCUCGCAUCUCUCUCCUCCACCUCCCUGCGCCCCGGCCUAUUCCUUUUCGCCUUAGGAGGCGGCUAUCUCGGCCUUAACUCCCUAAACGACCCUUCCGUGAAUCCCGCUACUACCUCCGCGUCGUCGCGGGCGGUUUCCGCUCCCGUGUCGCUCCUCAAGCUGUUUUCCAAUGGCGAACUUGAUAGACCCGUCGACGACGGGUUUUCCGCUAGCGACGGGUUUCCGUCGGGCGUCAUGGGGUUAGGAGGCGCCGCGGUGAGUCUCCACGGCGUCGUGAAUUUCAACUUCGUCGUGGCCAUGGCGGCGCUGCUCAGCGCCUCGGGGCUGUGCUGCGCCGCGCUGCUUACGCACGGGCUGGGCGGGCGAAUGAGGUACCGCCACCUGGCGUGGAUGUUCUGGCAGCCGUUCGUGGGCGGACUGCGCUUCGUGCUCAUGCAGGCCAUGGCGUGGACGCUCUUCUCCUUCUCUCUGCUCAUCUUCUCGUCGGUGGCGGUGGUGGCGGCGUUCGUGGGGCACACGACGCUGGGGUACGGGCUGCUGGCGUCCGCGGGCGCAACGGGGCUCGCGUCCGAGUUCCUGCUCAUGGCCUCGCUCCUCACCUUCGAAUGCCCCAGCCGCCACGCCUCCCCUGCUGCUGCCUCUCCGCGCGCUACCGCUACUGGUGGUACUGCUGCCGCUUCUGCUGUCGCUACCGCUGCCGCUGCCGUUAUUACGGACGCUGAUGCUACCGCCGCUGCUGUGAAUGAGCGCAACAGUAGGAGUGCCGUAAGCAGCAGCAGCAAAGCCUCUAAUCUUCCACCUCUGCUCUUGUCACCUUCUCCUCCUCCUCUUCCUGCUCGUGCGGCAGCAGCAGCGGCGGCGGUGGCAGCAGAAACAGAAGCAGAAGCAGGGGCGGAAUCAGCAGGCGUUGCGCUGUCCGUGACGGAGAGGGCGUGCAGGGGCGGCGGCAGCGUGCAGGGGAGCGUGGGGGGCGAGGCUUGGCGCGCAGUGGCGGUACGGCCGGCGCAGUGGACGGAGAGAGAGCUGUUCGUGGCGACUAGGAGCGCGAGGGAGGUCGCAGGGGCCGCCGUGCGAGGGGUGGUGCAAUGCGUGAUGCGAGGGAUGAUGAGAGGAUUGGAGGGAGGAGUAGUGAGAAAAACGAACGAGGCGGCGAUGGAGAUAGUGGAGGAUGUUUCGGAGGCUGUUACAGGCUGUGCAGUGGGGCGUGUAGAGGGGGGUGAUAGGAGGGAAGGGCUGUUGUUACUGGGGGCGUGUGAUUCAGCAACGAGCAGCACAUGCGACGAGUUUUCACUGAGUGUGUGCGAGGUGCUGUGGUGGGUGGGAGUGAAGGCUCGCAGCACGACCAUAGUGGCAGGCCUCUACUGCUGGCAAUACUGCGUUGCUGCUGCCCUACUCGCUCCUAUCCUGCUCCUCACCCUGCUACCCGCCCACCCCUGCACCACCAACAGCAGCAGCAACACUCAGCAGCAGCAGCAGCCACAGGAUCACAGCAGCUGCAGUUACAACCACAGUUACAGUUACAGUGACAGUUACAGCAACGGGUACAGCUAUGGGUUCGGUGGGAUGAGCAGCAGUGCCGUGGUGUGUGGGCUGCGCAUGGCCAGUGCAGCGCUGCUCACAGCCAUGGCGUGGGCGUUUGCAUACUGCGUGAUCUGCCCCGGGGGAUACGAGCGGUCGGGGAGAGGAGAGCGCAAGUGGGUGCAGAGAAUAGUGAUGCCACUUUUAGAAGAGGCAGCAGCGGCAUAUUUCCACGGAAUCAGCAUUGUGAAGGAGGGCGCAUGGAGGGCAGCACACGGCACAUGGGAGAAUAGACGGAAGCACCAGGAGCACGAUAAGCAAGAAGAAGAGGAGGGUUGCAAGGAGAAGGGGCACCGAUUGGAGAGUGGAGAGGGGUGUGUGGAGGGCAAGGGCAGUGAUGUCACUGCUGCAUCCCCUCCGCGCCCACUCAUAUUUACCUACCACCCGCAUGGGCUGAUGCCAGCAGUGAUGGCAUGGUUCCCGCUCUCCUCGUCCUUCCGCGCUCUCUUCCCCGCCACGCGCCCCGUGCCGCUCGUCGCCUCAGUGUGCUUCCGCAUCCCCCUCGCGCGCACCUACUGCCUGUGGGGCGGCGUGCGCGAGGUGUCGCGGCAAGGCUUCCUCACAGCGCUCAAGGACACCGGCGCUGCUGUGCUUUGCCCUGGCGGACAGUCGGAGCUCACAUACCACGCCACCAACCAGUCAUCGUGCAUCGCGCUGUGUGCGCGCAAGAUUGGCUUCGUGCGCAUCGCCGUGCAGAGCAACGCUCUGCUCGUGCCCACGCUCAGCUUCGGCGAGCCCCACUCCUUUGACAACCUCUUCCACUGGCCCUCCCUCCAGCGGUUCACCUACCGGAGAUUCGGCUUCCCGAUCCCCUUUUGGCCCGUCGGCUUGUUCGGCUGCCUUCCUCUCCCACGUGACCGCCCCAUGGCUCUGGUCAUGGGCCGCCCUUUCGAUCCGCGCUCUCUCAUCCCCACUAUCAACUCUGAAGACCCGUCGUACGAAGACCUGUGCACGAUCCGGGAUUAUUAUUAUGCGGAGGUCAAGGCUCUCUUUGACCGCCACAAGGCGAUUCACGGCUUCCCACACCUCACCCUAGAGCUGCGCAAGUAG